UUCAGCUCGCAAACAACGAAUAUAUUUAUUCCCAUCUUUUUAUUUCCAAUUAUUUAAGCCAAGUUAAAUGGCCGAACGCUAUGAUCGCGCGGUGACCAUUUACUCACCCGAUGGCCAUCUUCUACAGGUGGAAUAUGCCCAGGAGGCCGUGCGAAGGGGUUCCACGGUGGUGGGCCUGUGCACCAACAACGCCAUAGUGCUCGUCGUGGAGAAAAGGUCCGUGGGCGAUUUGCAGGAGGCGCGAAUGGUGCGCAAGAUUUUCAUGCUGGACGACCACGUUAUGAUGACUUUUGCGGGGCUCACGGCGGACGCACGCAUCCUGGUGAGCCGCGCCCAAGUGGAGUCCCAGAGCCACCGCCUGAAUUUCGAGAAGCCCGUGAGCGUAGAGUACAUAACCCGCUUCAUGGCCCAGCUAAAGCAGAACUACACGCAGAGCAAUGGAAGGCGUCCAUUUGGAGUGUCCUGCCUGGUGGGGGGCUUCAACGAGGACGGCACUCCGCAUCUGUUCCAAACGGAGCCCUCGGGCAUUUUCUACGAGUGGAGGGCGAGCACCACGGGUCGGUCGGGUCAGCCGGUGCGCGACUUUAUGGAGAAGCACGCGGACGAGAUUCUGGCCUCCGCCGAUGAGCCGGCGGCCAUCAAGCACAUAGUCCGCUCCCUGAUGACCGUGUCCUCGCUGAACCACAGCCAAAUGGAUGUGGCGGUGCUAAAGUACAAGCAGCCACUGCGUAUGAUUGAUCCCAAAAGUCUGGGCGAUCUGGUGCGAACAGUGCGCUCGGAAUUGGAGGCGGAAGCGGAGGCCAAUCGGAAGAAGACAUAAUCCCUAAUUUUGGGACAUGUCCCAGGGUCAAAAUCCUCGCCCUUUCAUGACCAAUCAAAAGUUGAUAACCAUUCCUCACAUUGCGUCUCCUCAUUUUUUUCGCGAGCGAUUCAAUUUCGUCCAGGGAGAUGGGGAAAAGUAAUCAGCAGGAAAAAUGUGUAAAGCGGGCAAAUCACUUAAUUUGUCUCGAGGGCGUAUUUGUUUACUUUAUAUCUCAAACGAAGCCUCGUCCGCUCCUUUCAGGCCAACCAAGUUAAAAAGUUUUAAGUGAAAAUGGGAAUUGAAUUUGUAGAGGAAAAAAUAAGAGAAAUGCGCGCACACAUACAGAAAAUAUUUCUCCAUGGUUUGAUUUAAUUUUCCUUUGAUUUUUGGCAAAUAGUCUAUUACAAAAUAUCGCAGCUCUAAAUUGCAUUUAGAAGGGCAAAUCAAGACUAUUUUGUUUGACUUGAAAAAAUGCUUGAUGAAUUUAAAAAUAAUUUCCUUUGGAAAAAUUAAGUUGGAAAAAUGUAAUAAUAAAUUGUAAGGUAAUAAAA